AUGUCACUGAAGGUCAAUGUAUCACUGAAGGUCAAUGUUUCACUGAAAGUCAAUGUUUCACUGAAGGUCAAUAUAUCACUGAAAGUCAAUGUUUCACUGAAGGUCAAUGUUUCACUGAAGGUCAAUUUAUCACUGAAGGUCAAUCUAUCAAUGAUGGCCAAUGUAUUAAUCAAAGUAAAUGUAUCAAUGUGUCAAUUUAUAAGAUGUUCAGAUGUUUUCUUAGGAAUCCUACUCACCGUCCACAACCAUCCCGACCGUCCACAGCCAUCCCGACCGUCCACAACCAUCCCGACCGUCCACAGCCAUCCCGACCGUCCACAGCCAUCACCACCGUCCACAACCAUCACCACCGUCCACAACCAUCCCAACCGUCCACAGCCAUCACCACCGUCCACAACCAUUACCACCGUCCACAACCAUCACCACCGUCCACAACCAUUACCACCGUCCACAACCAUCCCAACCGUCCACAACCAUCCCAACUGUCCACAACCAUCCCCACUGUUCUCAAUUAUCACCACCGUCCACAAUCACCCCACCUUCCACAAUCACCCCACCAUCCAUAACCAUCCCCACUGUUCACAACCAUCCCCACCGUCCACAACCAUCCCCAUUGUCCACAACCAUCCCCACCGUCCACAACCAUCCCCACUAUCAACAACCAUCCCCAUCGUUCAAUACCAUCCCCACCGUCCACAAUCAUCCAACCGUUCACACCCAUCUUCACUGUCCACAACCAUCCCCACCGUCCACAACCAUCCCCACCGUCCACAACCACUCCACCGUCCACAACCAUCCCCACCGUCCACAACCAUCCCCAUUGUCCACAACCAUCCCCACCAUCACCAACCAUUCCCACCGUCCACAACCAUUCCCACCGCCCAUUACCACCCCACCGUCCACUACCACUCCACCGUUCACAACAAUACCCACCGUCCACAACCAUUCCCACCGCCCAUUACCACCCCACCGUCCACUACCACUCCACCGUUCACAACAAUACCUACCGUCCACAACCAUCCCCACCGUCCACAACCAUCCCCACCGUCCACAACCACUCCACCGUCCACAACCAUCCCCACCGUCCACAACCAUCCCCAUUGUCCACAACCAUCCCCACCAUCACCAACCAUUCCCACCGUCCACAACCAUUCCCACCGCCCAUUACCACCCCACCGUCCACUACCACUCCACCGUUCACAACAAUACCCACCGUCCACAACCAUUCCCACCGCCCACUACCACCCCACCGUUCACAACAAUACCCACCGUCCACAACCAUCUCCACCGUUCACAACUACCCCCAUCGUCCACAACCAUUCCCACCGCCCACAAUCAUCCCCACCGUCCAUAACCACCCCCCCCCCCCCCGUUCACAACAAUACCCACCGUGCACAACCAUCCACACCAUCCACAACCAUCCCCACCGUUCUGAGAUUCAACUGUUACAAUCUUAGACCCCAAGCAUUUUAG